AUGUCUUUAUCAAGUCUUCCACUUGAAAUAUUGCUUUCUGUAUUUGAUUUCAUUCCCUUUCCAUCAUGUCAUUCUCUUCUUCCAAUUUCAAAAUCAUGGAAUGCUUUAUUACUACCGUAUUUAUCCCGAAAAUUAAAACAAUUGUUUGAUAAUGAGUUAGACUCACGAGAGUAUUGGAUGGUCAUUAUGACCCGUUCUGGAUAUUAUAAAGAAUAUAAAUAUUCGGGAGAUGAAUAUGAUGAGUAUUCAGUCAAUUAUCGCUAUGAUACCUAUGAUAAGUUUAUAGAAGAUAAAACAAUUGCAACAGACCUUCGCAUACACGUUUCAAACAUUCCCGAAAAUCAAAAUGAUACUAUUUUAGAAGAGUUCUCAUCAAGCAAAUCAAUGAGAGAAUUAUUACUUCGUUGUAACAUACCACAUUAUGCCAAUAUGAAUCAAAAUGAUGGUAGUGACAUAUGUGAAAUUUCAGAACACAACUCCAUUCCUGAAUUCAAUCCAGAUUUACCUUUUUUACUUUCACCAAAUAUUUGUUCCACCAUAUUUCCAGAAACAUUGGAAAGACUCGAUACUGAAUAUGAUACCAGCUACUCUGGUGAUAUUAACGGUGAACAUGAUCCACAGUGGAAAAGUUUGAAAACAUUUCUGAAUUCUCUAAAUUCUCUCAAACAAGGAGCAUUGUCAAUAUUUUCUGAACACACUGAGAACCGUGUUGAGUGGGAAUUGUAUUUUUAUUUGAUGCAUAGUCGAGAGUUGUGGCAUUUGGAAAUGACAGGCAGCACUAAUUCUAGUAGAUAUGCCUGUUACAAUGAAUAG